AUACGAGGAAGUAAACAGUGUAUGGUAACGUUCAGCGUGCACUUACACAGGUCGGUUAGCUGGAUUCAGUGUCCAGCUAACCAUCUAAAGUUCAGAUAUGAACGGCCAGGCAGAAUUGGAUGUGGAUUACAAGCGCAAAUACAAAAACCUGAAGCGUAAACUGAAGUUUUUGGUCUAUGAGCAGGAAUGUUUUCAAGAGGAGUUGAGACGGACACAGAGAAAGCUGCUUAAAGUUUCCAGGGACAAAAGCUUCCUGCUGGACAGAUUGUUACAGUAUGAACGCGUGGACGAGGACUCUUCCGACUCGGAUGCCACAGCCUCCUCGGACAGCGAAGGAGACGGGCCCAGGGAGAGGGAAAGGGAGCCAGGAAAGAAGAGGAGGAGUCCUGGAGUUCCGACCCUCACGUCAUCGUCAUCCCCCCAUCUCUCUCUCCUCUCUCGCUCGGGGGCGACCUCUCUCCAGUCGUCCACAGCUUCGCAGUAUCUCAGCACGUUAGCCUUCCCUCCUGACUAUUUGGCUCCCUCUGCUGAGCGAGCGAAGAAAGAGAGAAAAGCAAAACCAUCCAAACAAAAGAAAGAGCCUGCAGGAAAGGUGGUAUCUGCCAUGGCAUCUAACUACCCAGCGGGCAGUGCCGCGGGCACGGGGUCGUCGGGCCCAUUCAGCUGGGUCCCGCGGCAGAUGCUGAGCGGGGACGCGGCCGAGGAGGAGGGCGAGAGCGAAGGUGAAAGCGAGGGAGGAGAGGAGGAGCGGGGGGAGGGAGAGGAAGCCGAGCUGGUCAUCGACAUUCCCAACGAGUGAGGUCUCACCCUCAGGCCUCCAGACCGGCCUGUUUACCCACCGCGCAGCCGCGUCAAAGUGUCGGUGGCUGUCUCCGUGCAAACAGACACUGGAAGUACACACAGGGCUAGGCAGUUUCAUUAGAACUGUAUUUGUUUUGUUUUUUAACCAUAUUACUUUAAUGUCAGUAAAAUUCAGUAAAAGUUUUGGAGAAGCCGUCCAAAGCCUGGGAGGAACACCUGGAGGAGCUUUCUUCAUACUGCAGCACCCAUGGUCCUACCUGUGCAACCACAUCAACAUGGCCUCUGUACAAGACAAACACCUGGCAUGCUAUGAUUUAAAAAAAUAUAUAUAUAUGUCUGUGGCUAAGUAGAGAAAUGUUGAAAGUGUUCUGGCCAGGUGUGUCCAGUGUCCAUCAGCGAGGGGUCUGUCCAGGUGAGCAGUCAAGCACCCUGGCAGUUCUUUCUGUCUUUGACAUCUAACAUUGUUUUUGAGUGGGGUGGGAUGUGAUGUGUUAAAAUAUAGUUUGCAGCUUUAUCUUUUUAUCACCAGUUCUAAAGGUGAAGAUGCUGUAAUAAUAAAGAAAUCUCAGUUUUUUUUUUGGUUUAAAAUUCUUUAUGAAAGCUGAAAGUCUAGUUGUCAAUAUAAGAUGAAGCCCAAAAUCCUGACAAACUCCACCUGUUUUGAAAUGUGAAGAGUUAAUACAAUAUCUGUCUGUAACGCGUCCUUGAGUCUGAGAACGGCACUAUAGAAAUAUAAAUGAUGAUGAUGGCGCCGAGCUUGCAAGUGCGUGACCUCUGUGUGACCUCUCCCCCAUGCUCUGCACUUGCAGCCCUCCCUAAAUCAUGAGUCACGUCCUUCUCUCGUUCUCCUCGUAAAGACUGAUCCGAAUUAGUGUUUGCUUUGAGCUUGUCUGAGUAAAUCCAGAUCGGUGCGCGUGACCCUGCAGUUCUGUAAUAGAAGCUGUAUUUCCUACUGCCUCUUAAACUACGCCAUGCCUACUUAACCCCAGCUGUUAGCAGCAUGUUGCGUGAUGGCCAGAGCUUCCAUCGGUGCUAAUGUCAUCUUUGUAUUUUGAAUUGAAAUAAUUUGAUUGUUGUGUUAUGGUUUUCCCCAGCGUUAACGUUUUAUUAAAGGGCUGUUUAACGAGUCUCAGAAGUGCACAAAAAAGCUGGUUUUAAGUCCUGUUUACUCUGUAUGUGUGUAUUGUAUCUCAUCGCGUCACUGGAAUUGUGUUAAGAGGGUGAACCACACGUACAUGUAGGCUCGUCGGUUACAGUCUCUCACACAGCCACACCUAUUUUACCUGUAAGUUCUUAAAGCCAAGCUUGAGCUUUUAGCUAUGCAGUGCAGUGUUACGAGACAUACUGUCCUCUGGCGCACUCGACACAUACCAAUAAAGAUUGGUCCCCCCCCUCUC